UCUCCGGCCUUGGUGGGGGUAACGGCCUUGGCACCUUCUCCGGGGGGUCCGUGCCGCGCGCCCCGCCUCUCAGGGUCUUGCCGUCGGUCCCCCAGUCUUCCUCGCGCGGUCUGGCCGCCAUCUCGCCCAGGUCCCCCUCUUCUUCCCGGGCGCCGUCCUCCCUGCUAGGCCCCCGGCACCUCCACGGGGUACCUUCCUGCAGGACUCUUCGGCCACAGGGUCACCAGGAAACUUCUGGGUUGACCCCAGCAGACGAUAGAGCAGCGAGGAGUGGACGCGGUGGCCUCCGUAGCCGAACCCCCCCAAACUUCAAUGCUUCUCUUGAAACCGCACACCCCGAUUUGUUUGAAAUAAAGGAUCUUGUGACUGGCUUUGUUUAAUUGGUUAUUGGCAUCUCAACAAGCAUGGAGAUAAGAUUAGAAGUUUUGACAUCAACAAGUAUCAAGCAGAAAAAACCCUGGCCCAGAGUUUCCUGGUUGGGUCAAGAAAAUGAAGCUGUAUUUCUUUUGGAUGAGAAAGCCAUAAAUGAAAUUAAUUUGCUGUCAGGAAGAACAAAGAAGAAGAUUCCUAGUCUGCAGCCUUUGUUGAAGGAUGUUUUUUUUCUGGCAACAUCCACUAAUGAUGUGUGGCUUUCUGGGGUCCUUACUACAGGAGAGGUUUUCCUGUGGAACAAAGAUCAAGAUUGUUUGAAAAUGAUACAAGUGACUGAAAAGCCUAAAGAAAUAAUUACAGCUACAGUAGCAAGCUCUUCAAGACUAUACUUAUAUGUAGCUGAAAAUGGGAAAAGAGUUCUACUUAUUACAUCUUCUGGCUACAUACUUCUGUGGGAGUAUUUGGAAUUGAAGAGUAUCCUAUCUUCUAAAAGCCUCUCAUUGGUGGGUCAGUGGUCCCAGAUCACACCUGAAGAAGCAGUUUUAUUGCCUUCCACUAAAGAUAAAGAAGCUGUAGUGGAUGCUGUUUUUGUUAAAAAUGAGUUAUGUGGUGACUGCUGCCUGUGUUCGUUUACUUUUUAUUCUGGAGAAUGCUUGAAGUUAGCAUUUCUGGCCAUUCAGUGGUAUGAGAAUAUACUUGUGUCUGUAAGGUCAUUGCCAUUCCGUGUUCACUGGGCACAACAGGAAUGUCUUCUGUGCAGUCUGAUUCCUAAGUGUGCAUCAGUGAAGACAAGAGGAGCUCUGGUCUCUGCCUUCUCCAGAGAUGGCCUUGCCCUAGCAGUAACUCUUAAUCAGAAAGACCCAAAGGCAACUCAGGUCUUGUUUAUAAACACAUUGAAUUUUGUUACUCUCUGUGGUGGCCUUAAAGGAUGUAGUAAUAAGAAUCCUGUGGUCCCAGCUACGCUUAUCAGGUCAUAUUGGGUAGGUGACAUGAGCUGGACACAUGACAGUCUUUUUCUGGCUUGUGUAUUAAAACGUGGCUCCCUGGUUUUGUUGACCUGCCUAGGUGAAUUGCUAACGUUAGUUACAUUUGGUUGCUCUAUAGAAUUUGGGCCAGCUGAGUUUAUUCCUCUUCAUCCACUAAUAACAUAUAGACCACAGCAGCUUACCUUUCAAGAUUCAAAUAAUUCUGUAGACUCAUCAGCCUCUGAGAGUGACCCUCUGAGACAGAGGUUUUCUAUAAAAGCACAUUCACGGCUACCCUACCUUAUUAUUUCUGAUGGAUACAUGAUCACAACCCUUCGGUUUCAUGAUAACCAGUCUCCAACAAUGCUCAUGAGGUCGUUGCUACUUGAUUCAACCCAGAGUCUUGAGAAAGUAUACCAAAGUAUGAUGCUAUUUAAGCCAAGGGACAAAGGGCUGAAUUUCCGAUCUCUGGAUUCCUUGAGGUCUAGCCUGUUAAAGCGUCAAGGAAAGGAAAGUUCAAUACACUGCACAGUCCCCAGGUUUUUGCAGGCAGAAGAAACAAUGAAGUUAAAUGAAACCACAGAUUUUCAGGAUUUUGAAGGAGAAGAAACUAAUGAAGUUGAACAAUUUCCAAACAACUCAUUUUCUUUUUGUAACCAAAGAAAAGAUCUACUGUUCAGCAUUGUCAAGGACGGAAGAUUGGAAUUUGCAUCUAUGUUUGAUACAGUUCAUGCAAAGGAUGAUUCUGAGGAGACAGAUAGAAACACUGCAGAACUGCAUUGUAUCCAGAAAAAACUGCUUGCAGCUUGGACUAUAGGAAUUUCAAAAAAUAUAACAGAAAAAAAGUUAAUGUUAAAUUACACCGUGCUGUGCAUCACUCAUUUUUUCUAUAUUCUUCAGUUUAUAAAAUGUCCUUUGCCUAAAUUUGAUCUGUUUUUAAAUAAGAAUCUGAAGCAUAACGUAUGGGUACUUUGUAUCUUUCAACUUUUUCAUCAGUGCUUAUCAACCCACUAUUGGGAUAUGAGAUACAGACAAAAUAUGGGCCAUUUGAUAAAGCUUACCUCAAACACCAUAAAGCUUUUACUGACUCAGCAACAAAAAAAUGGAUUAUUCUCAGAGAAACUUUUAGCUUGCUUUUCUUUACUCCAAACUGUAGCUGACUAUUUAAAUGACAUAUGCACUCUUCAGCCUGAGGCUAUUUCAGCACCAGCUGAUAAAAAUAAAACAGCAGAGCUAGACUCAUUAAUGGUACCUAUUUUUCAAGCUUCUAAGGAAAAUUGGUCUUGGGACUCACCUUUAAAGACUUUUCCUCAAGUGACAAAUCUCGUUCAAAAGCCAGCUCACAGAUUGAUUGCUCUUUGGAGACUAUUGUACAAAAAAGCUUUAUGGUAUCAAGUGCAAUUAAGCCGAAGAAUUCCUGAAGGUGACAGACAGUUAACUGAAAAUAUAACACAUGAAGUAUCCUUUGUCAAGACUCUUUUAUGUCAUCUCCAAAAUACCCUGCAGAUGGUUGGGGAUAGCUUGAAUCAAGCCUUAGAACUUACACCUAUCAGUGGCGAAGAGUGUUUUCUGCUAGCAUCAUAUGAAAAAUCAGUUUGUUUGUGGAAGAAUGCUCUACAAGAAACCCAAGAGAAAGGAGGAAAAAGGACAUGCUUUCUUCAGUUGCGCUACUAUCUGUCUCUCUUGUACUGCCACCUCUACCGCUAUAAUUUAAACGAUGCUCAAGGAUUAUGUGAUCACCUAGUAAGAGAGAUACUUAGCUGCGCUCAGUUACCUGUAAAAGAAAGUAAAGAUUGCUCAGGUUCUGAGAAGUCUCAUUGUGAGUUUGCAGUCACUGGAAGUGUACAUCCUGAGGCAGCAGUCAGGGUUGUCCAGUGCAUGGCCCGCUUCAUGGCUGCCUAUUUCACCAACGAGCCACUCUUCAUUUUUCCACCUCACAGUGUGAAUGUUCUUCCUCCGCUUCAUGUUGAAACAGAACAUUCCCUGCGACUUAUUCCUUUACAACACUCUAAUGUGGCCAGUUUUGUUAGAGAUCAGAAUCUCUCAAAUGUGUGGACAGUUGAAUAUGCCCUCGAAUUACUACUUAUUGGUGGCCUGAUUCCAGAGGCUGUGUGGUUGGCGCAUAAACUUGGAGACUGGAAGACAUCUGUUUCCAUUGGUGUAGCCUUCCAAGUGUUCUCUAAAUAUAAUCACAGUUUUGUGAGGUCCAAGAAAAAGGAUAUGGAUCUACCAUUAAAUAUGGUACCAGCACAGAUUUUCCAGGAAAAACUGCAGUGCUUUUUAGGUCAACCAGUCUCUUUGGAAGCAAAAAAUGAAAAGGACUCUAAAUAUAAGCAAUUUACAGAUCCCAUUGAAGAAGAAGAUGCUAAUCUGUUGUUUGGGUCUGUGCAAGAAGUGCUGAAAGCAUCAGUCAUGGCUGAUGCAGAUAUUGUUUCAGAGACACUGCAGCUGCUGAUGGAGUCUGCCAAGGACUUCAGCAAGAAGCUGUGGGGCUUAGUGCCUGUUGACUUGUAUCUUCCAGCGCCUCCAUUGUACUGCCCCCAGCCAGCUGUUCUUAGCGAGGAACAUGGUGACAAUCUUCUUUUAAAAGCUGAAAAAGAUAAUCGCCAAAAGCUCUCUGGAAUUCUGCAGCGAGUUCUCUUGCUUUUCCGGGCAGCUCGGUGUUCUUUUCCUGUAGCACAGUGGUACAUCUUGCAGCUGAGGUGGGCAAGAAAGGUCAUGCAGAAGAUUCGAGUGAAAGGGUCCCUUCCUCCACUUAGUUCUUUCCCUGAAUCCUUACUUGAUUACUGUAAAGGAGGGAUAGCAUUCUUUAGACCUGGAGCAGCCGGAGACCACAAACUUGAUGAAGUUUCCAUCACAGCCCUAGGUUGCUUCAGAGAACUUUGUGCUUUGUGCUGGAUGUUGCAUAUCCGGGAUAAAUUAUCAUACAGUUGCAGGCAGUAUCAGAAAGCAAGAGAAAAUGUGAAGGUAGAAAAGGACCUUGAAAUGGAGUUUGAUUCUUGUGUGGUUGAACACUGCUUUCAUACGCUGGAAUGGGCCUAUAGAAUGCUACCAUUCUCUCGUUUUUUUAAUAUGGAAGAACUUAUUCAGGAUAUAAUUUUGAGCCUUGUUGGAGAACUGCCUCCAAUCAGAAAGGUAGCAGAAAUUUUUGUGAAGGCAUUUCCUAAUCCUGAGGCCAUAAGGGUCCCUUUAAGAGAAAAAUACCACUCUCUUCAUCAGAGACUCAAGCAUGGUGUUGUGAAAGGUCCUCAGAGUGAGGAACUGAUGUCUGUGGUCAUGCAUUCUGCCCAUAAAGUGAGGGCAAAAGCCCUAAAACGUGUGCAGAGGAACAUAGGUGCCUUUGAGGUGAAUAUAUGGGAGCCGGAUGAAGAAGAAAAGCCAGCUGCUGCUCCAUCUUCUGACAGGUUUUCUCUGGGGACCAGUCUAAGCAGAAGCACACUCACAGAACUGGGAAGUUCUCUGCUACACAGUGAAGCAGAUACAUUCUCUGAAACCUUGUCUUUUGAGGAAAAAACUUGGAUACACUUAUAUCAAAGACAUGCCCCAAAUCAUAUGGAAUUAGCAUUGGUUGGUAAGCCCAGUGAUAAAACGAAAAUGCGUAAUCAGAAAGAAAACUCCCAAAGGAAAGAAGAUCAUGAAACAUUAGGGAAAAAAGCACUUCCUACAAUUGGUGUUUGGGAAUUUGAGCGUGAUGAUGAUGAAUAUAUUAACUUCCUUGAGCUCUUCUUGAGUUAUGUUCUCGAAAAAGACAUUUGCUCCAGUGAUCCUGGCAUUCCAUUUUUGACAGGCUUUUCUGGGCACCUUAGAGAACACGAACUUAAUUCUUUACUUUUUGAUGUGCAUACAACAUUAAAACGACGCCACAGCAAAGCCAGAAGCGAAAAUGUGUAUAGAGCUGGUUCUUGCUUUGUUGUCACUCCUGAGUCUCAUGAAUCUGAAAAACUGUCCUCUCUAGACAGUGUGGGUGUCCGAAAUUUAGAAAGCCAGGCACUUUCAGCUUCAGAACUAGUGAACCAGUUGGCGAGCAGUUCAGAGAACCCUCUACCUGAAGUCAAGAAAAAUGAAAGAAAGGUGGGAUUGUUUGGCUUAAAACAAAAACCAAUUUAUAGAAUUCAAGCUGAGAAACAAGAGAAACCGCUAAUGCAGAACUCAUUAAACCACUCCUUUUGGAUCCCCAAGUCCAUCAAAACUGGAAGAUACAAUUUCCGAGCACUUGAGUGCAGUGCUGGCAGCCCUCAGGAAGACCUUCCCCCGGCACUUCAGAACGUGCUCGGUGAAGCAGGGAGACUGGUGGAGUGGAUGAUACGGUGGUCUGAUCGAAGACUCCUCUGUGAUUCCGGAGUCACCCGGUCUUCCUGUAAAUACAGCCCAGUAAUUCGUGUAAAGACCUCUACAGCUGCCAUUCUGACCUCAUUAUGGCUUCUGGAACAAUCCUAUUCUGCUGCAUAUAGGGCAAAAAAUGGCAUUAUUAAGGAGAUAGAGAAUCAUUGCUCCAAGUCUGAAGUGGCAGCCAAGAGGGAGAGCAACACUAAUGCUGACUCUCAGGUUGCAGGAGCAGCUCAGGCUAUAACUGAGGAAAGAAGUGACCAGAAUGAAUGUUGUCAAAGCAUCUGGAAAAUGCCAGAUGAAGCAGAAAAUCCUGACGUGAAAGAAAGUGAUGAUGAGAUUCUUCCUGUUACUCAUAAAACUGAGAAAGAACUUGUAGAUGUUCAUGAGACUCACUCAGAAGUAGAAACACUCACACAAGAUGAAAUGGACAUGCACAUCUCAGACUGUGAAGAAGGACCUGUUGGGAUUCUCAGAGAUCCUCUUGCUGCCAUCUGCAUGCCAGCAUCACAGCUCUUAUCAGAGCAUUCUACAGAAGAGGUUCAGUGUCCCAGGAAAGAACCAUUGGAGACCAAUAUGGAUACAAAAUUGACAGAACAGAAAGGUAUGAUUGAAGCCUUGUCAAAUUCUGAACAUACCACUUCUCAUUCAUUUUGUAUAGAUGCAAAUUCAAAAACUUCUAGUGCACAGAUUUCUGAACUUAAAGACAAACCAUCCACAGCUCCACCCCUCAUUUCAAGUGGAGCCCAUGCUGCUUCCCAAACACCUGUUCUAACACCUCAGAAGACUCAGGGAGAUGAGCUCACUGUUCAGUUUACAGAUUCUUGUGACUCUGUUAGGCAGAUGCUCCAAGAAGAGAUGUUUAAAUUAGUUCAGCUACAACAGAUCAAUUUCUUGAGCCUAAUGCAAAUAGUAGGACCAUCCGUUGCUAAUCUCCCAGACAUGCAUCGACUUCUUCAGCAGGUUCAGUCUGUGCAUUUUGGGGAAAGCCAAGUAUCAAACCCCACAAGGAGUGGUCAUAUUGAAGUCAACAGCAGGCAGAGAUUUUCCGCUAAACCACAGUCCAUGGGAGAGUGCACCAGGGAGUCUGGCAAGAAUAGCUCACCAGACCAUGAAAGGGUUAGCCAACCUGAUAAGGACAGUAAUGGAGACACACAGGAUAUUCCACAUGGGAGUAUUCCAUUGUGUCAGUUAGCUGGCCAGCCUAAGAUGAGAGGACAAACUGGAGCAUCUCUGAGCAUUGCACCCACUUCAUGUUUUCAUGCUCCUGCUGGAGAUACUGGCCUCCAGCUUUUGCACACGCCAACUACUGUCCAGAAGAUGCCUCAGUUGAUUCCACCUGCCCAAACCAGCACUCCUGGCAGUGGCUUUCCUUUGCUUCAUUUUCAGCCCAAGCAUGAAUUCAAGUCCCUUUCCUUACCUCUAGGAAAAAUUCCAGAAGUUCCUUUCAGGCCUCAGGCCCAACCAAAAGAGGCUUGGGGAUUAUCUGAUUCUUGCCAACCUCCUCUGUCUCAGAGAAUAGUGCACACCACUUCUUCAUCUCAUUCAGAUCCAAGCCAUUGCAAUGCUGAAGCCAGGAAAAAGGCAGAGGCCGUUCUCACAAAUAUGCCUAAGCCUGUGAACUUGGAUCAGUAUGUUGGACAACAAUACUUGACUCCUCAGCAGGAUUCAUCAGUAUUUCUAAAGCCAGAAAAUGUAUUUGAUGUUAAACCAGGGCACCCUGAGACAGCUCCUCAGAAUUCUUUUGGACUUCCUUUAUUACAUUUGCAAUUUAAGCCUCCUCAUGUAUUCUCAACACCAUCAGGAGCAUCAAAUAGAUUUCCCUCAGUACCUACCAAAUCUGACACAGAAGGAAAAAAAUAUCCACAGCUAUCAUUACUUCAUUCAUGCUUGCCCCCAGAGAAUACGUAUAAGAAGCCCCAACUUAUCCCACUUGAAAACCUCAUGGCAUUUAAGAGAAGCCAACAAAAACUAGCACAUAAUGUAUUUGAACAAGGUGAUUCUGCUUAUCUUCAGCUUCUAAAGGUCAAUGUGGAAGCAUCUAAAAUAACACAAGGAAAGAAGAGGCAAAGCAGACGAGCUAAAAAGGAGCUGCAAGAAGAAAGAGCUCAGAAGCCAAGAAGAAAACCAAGUGUUAGUUUCCGACCAGAGGAUUCUCUCAUUAGUAAUGAGUCAGAAGUCAUCAUGGACCCCAAGGAACACCUAGGACAUCAUGAUUCUCAGCCUUUGGAUAAAUUUGACAUUCCUUUUGAAAUGUUAGAAGCUGAUAUUAAUACUUCAGCUGGACUGCAUUUUAUAGCCUCUGUGCAUAAGAAAGCUGUGGGACAUCAUGAUGCAAGUACAAACACAGACCCAGAUAAGGAAGUCACUUCCCAAGAAGCUGAUUCUGAAAGUGGCAAAAAUCAACAAAUCAUUUCUGCGAACACAGGCCAUGAAUCUUUGAAUGCUCCUCAGCUCCUGAUUCCAGAUAUAUAUCUAAAUGUCACAUUUCCCACUGGAAUAUCAGAGAAACCUUUGUCUACUUCCCCGUCUCAUAUGGCUAGACACACUUAUAUAGAUGUGAUUGACAUUGAAGCUGGUGAUCUGAUGGAAUUACCUGCCAGCCAAGAGCCUUCAGAGGAUGUUAUAAAGCAGCAGAGCCAUCUUCCAGAAGGUCCAUCAUCUGCAGAGUUACAUUGUAUGGCAGCUUCAGUUGUUAAUGCUGUUCCUCCUCAUGCUUUUCAGAGUCAAGAAUCUGCAAGUUCUACUCUGGGUUUAAUUUCUGAACCUGCAAAAAUGACUCAAUCCUGUUUGGAAGGGGAAAGCUGGAGAGCCAGUGUUGUGGAAGUGAAGGAGCCUGGGAUUCCUGCAUUGAUGCCAUCAGACAGGCAGCAGGACAGAGAUCUGCUAGAACAAAACUUCCAGUUCAAGGAACAGAACACAAAAUUAGAGCCUGUGGAACAAUCUCUGCUUUGGACCCUGCUACAGGAUGUUCCUACUGCUUGCCCCACUCCGAGCCCUGCUGCGUGCCCCGCUCCGAGCCCUGCUGCGUGCCCCGCUCCGAGCCCUGCUGCGUGCCCCGCUCCGAGCCCUGCCGUGUGCCCCACAUGGAGUUCUGGUGCUCAAAAGCUAGAACAUCUUACUGCUAAGCUCCAGGAGAUGGAUGAGCAGCUGUUAGCAGUGCAGACCAUUGCAGAGAAUAUAGAGCAGGACUUCCCUGCACCAGAAGUGGUAAAUCUACAAUGGGGAAAGGCUGCAGUGGUGGAUCAUGUUGAAUUGUCUCCUGGCCCUGUAAUUGAAAAAUCAUUACCUUCAAAAGCCAUUAGCAUUUCUAAAGAAGUGUGUUUCCAGACUCACGAGGAUGUGGAAGACAAAAAUGAUACAGAGGAAACUUCAGAGACAGAACUGUUAGUAACAGAAAACCGUUCUAGCCAGAGAACCUACGCAUGCCCUUCUGCAGAGUCGGCCGCUUGCCCUUCCGCAGAGUCGGCCGCUUGCCCUUCCGUGGACUGGAAUAUCACUUCUCCUGGUGUGAAUAACAGCAGUGAAUUAUUUGAAAGUGUUUCAGAAGAUCAACUCCAGGUAACUGGAUUGACUGAUAUUGCUGACAUCAUUGAUGACCUUAUAACUAACAGUGGAGUUUCCAGCAAAGAGCUUGGCUUAACAGAAUAUCAAGCUCGAAGUAUAUGCAGAAUUCAGCAUCCUUCUGGCAGAUGCCCCCAAAGAACUGAAAAGGAGAAAAAAGAGAUCAAAAUCUGGAUGAAAAGAAAACGAAAAGAGAGAAUGGCAGAGUACUUAAAUCAGCUGGCAGAAAAGAGGGGCCAGGAACGUGAUCCUUUCUGCCCCAGAAGCAGCCCAUUUUAUAUGACUUCAAGGCAGAUCAGGCAAAGACAAAAGAUGAAACAUGAGAAGGAUAGGUUGCUGCUGUCUAACCACUAUAGUCAGCGGAUCUCAGAAGCAUACUGUCUGAUGAAUGAACUGCUCUCUGACUCAGUACAGCUAACAGCACCUGCAGAGAAGCCCUUUCCUAACAGACCACGCACUGCUCAGCAUUGCAGACAGCGACAUCGCGCUUCUCCAAGAGAGAAUGCACAUGGGCAGAAUUUCCCAAUAAAUGCACCUGGAAGAGGCAGACAUAUUUCCAGAUCAACAGCUCACCAUAAGGGGAAACCCUUGAGGCAGCCCCAAGGCUCGUCUCAGCUUCGAGGUUCUAAUACUGUGUGUCAGAGCCUGCAGCACAUGAAAAGCCAUGGGGCUGUUGGGACAGCUCCUCCAGUGAAGCAGGUGUGCACAGAGCAUGAGAGAGAAGAGAUGGUGGUGAGUCCCUGGAUGCUGCCUUCAGAAAUCCACCAGCUUCUUCAUGACAGGCCCAGGUCCCAUCUACAGGAGAUGUCACCAGCUGAAGAGGAAGAGCCUGAGCCCUCUUUGUUGGUGAAUGGCAUGGACAGCGUGUCUGAGAGCACUGGCAGCAUCCUCAGCAAACUUGACUGGAAAGCCGUUGAAGACAUGGUGGCCAGCGUAGAGGAGAAAAGCCCUUCUGUCCACUGGGCCUUGGACUUCUAGUACCUGCGUAGUGUUCUCUUUGCUAUCCAGGCACUGGCCAGCGUCUCACUCAUGUGGUCUUGAGAGUUUUGUGGGUCUAAGUCUGUGAAACACUCAAAGAAAUAAUGAGAAUUUACAUUUUGAAGCUAUAGGGAUCUUUGGGUUAACCAUUCCAAGACGGAAAAGAAAUGUUUCAGUAAUAUUGCCUUUAUGGGGAAAGGUUGUUUAGCUAGAGAAAAGUAUUAUGUUUUUGCAUAUGAUUCAUUUUUAAAUAUAAUUUAAACAAUACGCACAUGUCAAACCAGGUUUUCAGAAUAUUUAAAUUACUUUGAAUUAAAAAAAAAAAACAA